GUGACAGCUUAGGUCAAAUCUCUGUGUUUUGGUUGUAGUGAGAAUCAGAGCUGUUACGUGAGGAGACUCGCAACUGAAAUAUGCUGUUUUCAUAGGCUCUUGAAGCAAUAGGCUGUUGGAUUUUGAUCCCGCCCAGAAUACCUGAGUUUUUCUCUGCAAGGAUAUAUAAUAGCGGUUUUGCUUGCCCACAUAAGAAAAAAAGGCAAUGGAGACUGAACAACAGGAAGAGACCUUUACCAACACAGAGACAAAUGACCUCUCUACAGGCAAACGUCCUGCAGAAGAUAUGGAGGAAGAGCAGGCCUUCAAAAGAUCUCGAAACACAGAUGAAAUGGUUGAACUGCGCAUCUUGCUGCAGAGCAAAAAUGCUGGAGCUGUGAUUGGAAAAGGUGGCAAAAAUAUUAAAGCACUUCGUACAGAUUACAAUGCCAGUGUUUCAGUCCCAGACAGCAGUGGCCCCGAGCGCAUUUUGAGUAUAAGUGCAGAUAUAGAGACAAUUGGAGAAAUCUUGAAGAAGAUUAUCCCUACUUUAGAAGAGGCAUCUUUCAUACAGUAUCAACACUACAAAGGCAGCGACUUUGACUGUGAAUUAAGACUUCUCAUUCACCAGAGUUUGGCAGGAGGAAUUAUUGGUGUCAAGGGUGCUAAAAUUAAAGAACUCAGAGAGAACACUCAGACCACCAUUAAGCUCUUUCAAGAAUGUUGUCCUCAUUCUACUGACAGAGUGGUGCUUAUUGGUGGAAAACCUGAUAGGGUUGUUGAGUGCAUCAAGAUUAUCUUGGAUCUUAUCUCUGAGUCUCCAAUUAAAGGACGGGCCCAGCCUUAUGAUCCCAAUUUCUAUGAUGAAACAUAUGACUACGGUGGCUUCACAAUGAUGUUUGAUGAUAGAAGGGGACGUCCAGUGGGCUUUCCGAUGCGUGGAAGGGGAGGCUUUGAUCGAAUGCCUCCUGGUCGUGGUGGACGACCUAUGCCUCCCUCGAGAAGAGAUUAUGAUGAUAUGAGCCCUCGCAGAGGACCUCCACCACCUCCACCGGGUCGUGGUGGUAGAGGUGGCAGCAGAGCUCGUAAUCUUCCUCUUCCUCCUCCACCGCCUCCUCGUGGCGGAGAUCUGAUGUCCUAUGACCGAAGGGGCAGACCAGGAGAUCGCUAUGAUGGCAUGAUGAUGCAGUGUCAUGUGGAUGCUUGUGAUGACAUGCAGCCACCAGAGUUGUUUGAGGGUGGCUCUGGUUAUGAUUAUUCUUAUGCAGGGGGGCGCGGUUCAUAUGGAGAUCUUGGUGGACCCAUCAUCACAACACAAGUAACGAUUCCCAAAGAUUUGGCAGGAUCUAUUAUUGGAAAGGGAGGCCAGAGAAUCAAACAAAUACGUCAUGAGUCAGGAGCUUCAAUCAAAAUUGAUGAACCAUUAGAAGGCUCAGAAGAUCGGAUAAUAACUAUCACAGGAACACAGGACCAGAUACAAAAUGCACAAUAUUUGCUGCAGAACAGUGUGAAGCAGUAUGCAGAUGUUGAAGGAUUCUAAUGCAAGAUUAUUUUUUCUUUUUUAUAGUGUGAAGCAGUAUUCUGGAAAGUUUUUCUAAGACUAGUGAAGAACUGAAGGAGUCCUGCACCCCUAUUUUUUUUUUUUUAAUCUGCUUCUGUUUAAAAAGCCAACAUUCCUCUGCUUCAUAGGUGUUCUGCAUUUGAGGUGUAGUGGAAUCUUUACUGUCCACCAGAUGUAAUGUUUUAGUUCCUUACAAAUACAUGGGGGGAGGGAGCACGAGACUAACACUGAAAUUUUGAAGCAGCAGAGAGAUUGAAUUCUAUUUUUGUUCAUCGUUGGUGGUAAAUUGUAAUGUUUUUCUGUAAUUGUUGUGUACACCCUGCUUUUAUGUACACUGUGUCUUAUUUUAAAGGGGGAUGAAUUCUGGUAGGCCACAUGUCCCUGGUAUCUGUUGAGAGCAGUGUGCAGAAUGUAAUGCUUUUUUGUAAGAAACAUUUUAGGAUUUUUAAAUAAAUUUAGUGAACCUA